UUAUUACUCUUAAAUAUGAAUAGACAUAUUUGCACUCAUAGACUUAUACAUACAUACCAUAUUUUCUGGCGAAUAAGUCACAAUAGAUAAAAAUAUUAAUAAUAAAGAAGAAAAAGCAUAUAUCUAUUGCUCUGAAGCAUAAGUCACAAGUUUGGGAGAAAUAUGUGACUUUUUUUUAUAUUGUAAAAUAAUGGGUUUUUUUUAUAAAAAAAAUUUGGUGCAAAGCUUUAGGAAUAAAUCUGCCAAGCCUGGGGAAGUACUGCGUUCAACCUUAAACACGAUUACUGCGUCAAAUUUGCAUCUGCUGGCUCUUUUUUUGGUGCGCCUCUCAUCUCAUCUCAGUCAUUGAUUAAUGGUUGUCCAGAGAUUAGUUUACAAACAACAGUAUAUUUGAGCCAACAUUUAUUUUGUAAGAAUCGUAUAUAAGUCGCUCCUGAGUCACAAACCUGGCCAAACCAUGCAAAAAACAGCAACUUGUACUCCAAAAAAUACGGUAAUUUCCACUGAAGUGUCUGUUACUGUCCUUGAUUUAUUGGUUUGGGUCAACAGUAAUCUUUUCUUUGUUAAGAAUUCAAUAGAAAGUGUGGAAAAUAAUGGGAAAAAAUACAAAUAUUGGGAAGUUUCUUCUUCUUUUCUAAAUGUGUCUACAAACUCCAAAACAGUUAGAGUAAGAAGCCAAAUAAAACUAGAGAGUGGGGCCUGUUUCCGCUGCAAGGUGACAGGUUGUUUUAAAAAGUCACACAUUGCAAAAAGAUAGUGCAACACCUUAUAACAUGCAAUACUGUAGUCAUGUACAGAAUUGCAAAAAAACAAAAGAAAGCAAAAUGCAUGUUUUUAAAAACAAAAAACUGAAUGCACAGGGGGUUGCAGUACCGUAAAUUGUGCAUUUUUCAGGUUGCUGCUGUGUAAACCACAGUUUUUUCUGAUAUAAACAAGAAGUCUGAUUGAUUUUUUUUUCUUUCUUUUUUGUUAUGAACAUCUGACGAUAUUUAUUUUGGCCUUAAACUGCACCAGGGAUGAAUGGGGUUUUUGUGGGUUGGAGGGGGUGGGGGCCUUUAGUCAGGUGAUUUGUGCGUGCUGCAUCUGUGCCUUGCGAAAAUGCUCUUCACAUCCAAAACUAUCCUUUUUUGUAAAAGUGUGAAAAAUGUUCAGAUUUAGCUCUUCAGCAGAUGCCCUCGUCCAAAGCAAGUAAUGAAGUCGCUUGUUUCAAGAAGAUAAAAGCUUAUAUCAUUUAUGCCACAUGAGCUUAUGUCUUUUUGAUUUUGCUGUGGGAUGAAAAAAAAAAAUUAAAAAAAACGUUCCAAUAACAUAAAUGAAGGAGGGAUAUUUAUAAAACGCCCCAAAAUAAACCCCCUUAUUAUUGUAAAUAACGUAAAUAGAUGAUGAAGUACAUGAGGUGUAUCCGCCUCACAAAAAGGUGUGAAAACCAAAAGCUUUUCCUGCCUGGUAACCUUUCGCUCACUAGCUGACUGCGGCAGUCGUCUGUACUUCCACCAACAAGACAAAUGCCUCUGAGGCAACAUGGAGAGAGAAGGAAUCUACAUCCAGUCCAUCUAUUACGGGAAGAUUGGAAGCGUGGUCACAGAGAGGCUGCUGGAGAGGUUCGGACAGGAUGGCAGCUUUCUGCUGAGAGACAGUGAGACUGUGCAGGGAGCUUACUGUCUCUGCGUGAGGAAAGCACCGUUUGUCUACACAUACAGGCUUUUACACUCUACGUCUGGCUGGUCCCUUCAGCAGGAUUCAGGAGAGAGCCUACGGAGAUUUGAAGCCCUGGAGUCCCUGAUCAAUCACUACAGAAGGGUCAUGGUCACUCGUGUUGGUAUUGUCCCCCUGAUCGCCCCCCUGAACAAGACACAAAUACCAGACAGCAUCUGUGAAGAGUUUCUCUACCUGGAAAUGAGCAGCGGCAGCAGCAAGACCAAAUGACUAGGUUCAACAUUUCAAGCUAGCAGGUCCUGCAGAAGCUUGGCAAACAUGUUUACCGUUUCUUACUUUUUGCAACACGUAUCAUGUUGUGUUGCUGGAUCUCAAAUUUAAAUUAUAUUUUUAUCACUCAAAGAAUCAGUUUUGUCAUUAGCUGUUCUUAUGUGUGAGUUGUAGAUAGAUGAAUAACUAAUUUUAACCCCCAAAUAUAUCUUAAAUUAUUCAUAGCAUGAAUUUUCAAUGAAUAAACAUGAACAAAUACACAUUUUUUCUUCUUUACUUUUCUUAAUAUAGUUUUCUCGUAUUGUUUUUAACCCUUGUGCUAUCCUAGGCACUUUAAAGUUGGGAGUUGGGUCAUCUAGACCCACUAGACAGUGCUCUGAACCUUUUUUCUUCAAUGGU